GUUUUUUAUUUCUUCUUUUUUUUUUUUCUUCCCUUCUUCCUUUCUUUAAUAAGAUGCCUCAUAACACUUCAGAUAAUGAAAAUAAUGUAGAAGAGCUUGCUGAAGGCUCUCGUAGUAUUAUUUUAGCAAUUGCUUCUCAACUUACAAAAGGCAUGGAUUUGCAUAGGGUAACAUUACCUACUUUUGUCCUUGAACCUAGAAGUAUGUUGGAACGUAUUACUGAUUUUAUGGCACAUCCAGAAUUCAUUUUACCUGUUCCUCAUAUUAAUGACAAUACUGAAAGAUUUAUUGCUGUUGUUAAAUGGUUUUUAUCUGGUUGGCAUAUUAAACCAAAAGGUGUAAAAAAACCUUAUAAUCCAGUAUUAGGUGAAUUCUUUCGUUGUAAAUACAAAUAUGAAGAUGGAACAGAUGCUUAUUAUAUUGCUGAGCAAGUGUCUCAUCAUCCACCUGCUUCAGCUUAUUUCUAUUCAUGCCCUCAACACAAGUUAAUUAUCACGGGUGAUUUGAAACCAAAGUCUCGAUUUUAUGGUAAUAGUGUAGCUUCUUUGAUGCAGGGUACAAUCAAUUUUAUUUUACCUGCAAGAUAUAAUGAACGAUAUGAAAUUACAAUGCCUAAUAUGUAUGCUCGUGGUAUAUUAUUUGGUACAAUGACUUUAGAACUGGGUGAUACUUCUGUAGUUAGAUGCGUUUCAAGCGAUCUUAUUUGUGAAAUGGAUUUUCAGACAAAAGGCUUCUUUUCUGGUCAACCCAACUCUGUCGUAGGUAAAAUCAAAAAGGAAUCUACACAAGAAGUUUUAUAUGAAAUUACCGGUCAGUGGUCAGGUGAAUUAUUUAUUAAAAAGUGCAAUUCUACUUCAACAAAGAGUAGUAGUAGUAGUAGUACAAUUAGUAAUUUAUGGUCAUUUCGAGGAUCUUCAAAUGAUAAAAAGGAAAAAAAACCAGAGUUAUUAGUUGAUGUUACAAAGUAUAACAAAUAUCCACUUCAAGUGCCUGAACAACAAGAAGAAAAGGAAUCAAGAAGACUUUGGACCAAAUUAACAGAAGGGAUUUUAGAAAAGAAUAUGGAUAAAGCUACAGAUGAAAAGACAAAGAUAGAAGAUAGAGAACGUGAAUUAAGAAAGGAAAGAGAAGAAAAGAACAUUAUUUGGGAACAUCGUUUCUUUGAUCCUGAUGGUGAUGAUUAUAAAUUUAAAUAUAUGGAUAGAUUAAAUUAUAAUCAACCUGAAGAAGUUUGCAAAGUUUUGGAUACUCUUUUUCAAUAAAUUAGUGUUGUAAAGCUAUAAGCAUUUCCUCUCAAUAUACAAAAUAUAUACAAAUAUAUUUAUAUACAUUUCAUAAAUCUACACAAGUUGAUACAUUUUCUUAUUUUUCCUUUUUCAUGUAUUUAUUGAUUGUCUUCACAUUAAAUGUGUAAAAAAAAA